AUGUCUCAUAAAAUAAAUUUAGAAAAAUUCAUUUAGUUUUGUCAUUUGUUUGUGUAUCCUAAUAGGGUGCUACAGGAGGAGAAUGAAGGCCUGCAUCAAAGUUUACUGAAGACUGCAAUGAGGAUGGAGUGCUUAGGAGAAGAAUUCAUAAGCAACCAAAACCUUUUGGAGACAGAGCUCAGCAGCCUCACAGAGAGACAAGCACAGCAUCAACACAUUUUGCCUUGUCACUCUCCUUCCCCUGUUCCUCUGGUAAGUCUCACAGCCCCUUGCUGCAACCAUGGUAGUGAUGAAGAUGAAGUUCUCUUUUCAGAAAAGGGUGAAGCUUGCUCAAGGACUGUGGCUCCUCUCCUGGUGUACCACAGUGGCCAGUGCCAUUACCUUCACCCUGGGGUGCAUCCUCAAGAUGGAGCUCCGCAGGAGGGCAGAGGUAAUGGAUAGCGGAAACAUACAUGUUGUGCCCAAUACCCUCAUGAUAGUUGGUCUUGCCUCCUUGGGUAUCAACUACUUUGCUUCAAAAAUCUGUCAGGAUGCCCUGGAUGCUGAGCGAUUUCCUCGCUGGAAGAACUUCUUAAAACCCUACUUUGCUGCCUCUUGUUUCUUCACUGUUCUCAUGCUGCUGGCUGUCAUCAUGAGCUAUGCAAUGAAGGGCAGUCUGGAGUCUUCUCUGAAGGUUGGCCUGAAGAACAGCAUCCGCUUUUACAAGGACACAGAUACCCCAGGCCACUGCUACCAGAAACAGAACAUCGACUAUCUGCAGAUGGAGUUUCAGUGCUGUGGAAACAGUGACUUCCGGGACUGGUUUGAGGUCCAGUGGAUCAGCAACCGCUACCUUGACUUCAGCUCUAAGGAAGUGAAAGAUCGCAUCAAGAGCAAUGUCGAUGGCCGUUACUUGAUAGAUGGAGUCCCAUUCAGUUGCUGCAACCCCAGUUCUCCACGCCCAUGCAUCCAGUAUCAGCUCACCAACAACUCAGCUCACUAUAACUACGACCACCAGACUGAGGAGCUCAACCUCUACCUCCGAGGCUGCAGAGAGACCCUGGUCAGCUACUACACGAGCCUGAUGAGCACCAUCGGCACUGGAGUACUUUCUGUCUUCCUCUUACAGGGCUCUGUACUGGUGAGCUUACGAUUCCUGCAGACUGCCAUGGAGGCAGUGGUAGGGAAGGAAAAUACAGAAAUUGAGACAGAAGGAUAUCUGCUGGAGAAAGGUGUAAAGGACACCAUCAUGGAUCUCCACCAGCCAGGUCGAUGCACGGUCCCUCAUAUCUGCCUCUGUUCACCACCAUCCUCUACCUUGCCUCCUCAGCUGACUUCCAUCGCCAGCGACCAGCCAGUGAGUGACCCCUUCUUUUCCGCAGCUCGGUCCACCUCCUCCAGCAUUCCCACAGUGACUUAUCCCCGCACUGGUUCGCACCCGGUUCUAUAG